AUAUAGUCUUUGCUUGGGUUCCUUUUGAUUUCAUGUGUUUUUAUGUACCAUCCUAAAUCCUUACUGUGAAUCGUUCUGUAUAAAUUGAAUAUGCCAUACUCUUUAAUUAGAUAGUUACAUUAUUAAUGCCGCAGGGGACAUUUCUUUUACUACAGCAGAAUUUAUAUAUGCAGGUAAAGCAAUAUUAAAUCUAAAAAAAAUAUCCCCCCAAAAAUUAUUUACAUCACUCUCUGGGUACUCCGUGUGUAACAUCACAACACUAAGAAUUGUUGUUACACCCAUAAGGCAAAGUCUGCAGACUUACAGACAGUGUGCAUAAAUGACUCAACAUGAGUGUGAAAGAGCCUUUAAGCAGUGGAGGAUUUGACAGGGGGGCGCCCCUAAAUCCUCAGACUUUACAGGAGUACGCCUCAAAGUCUGUGAGUAUGGACAUUAGGAUUGAGCCACAGACUAGCUGUUGGUGGUUUUAUAACCCACUUCCACUCCCUGCUGGUUUGGGAUAAUAUGGCAGAUCCGCCACGUGUAUGUGCAAACAGAGUGGAAGUGUGUGUGUGUGCGUGUGUGUGUUAAGCCUUGCAUACGUUUAUUGAAGCUGGUAUGUUCUCUUAAAGGCACAUGAUUUGAGGAGAAAUUGAGUACUGUUUUGGCUCAUAAGAAUUCCGGUUGUCUCUUUUACAAUGAAUCAAUAUUUUAAACAGGAACAGCUGGCCAAAAUGGUAUGGUCACGUGGAAUCCAAAUAUAAUUUUGUUUUAAUAUAGUUUAAAAAAUGUCUGGAAAAAAAUAGACCGUGUAUAAAUCAGAUGAUCAGCACAAAAAGUUGCCAUCCUUGUUUGAGACACACUUUAUGACCCAAAUUAUAAAUGUUGAACAGAGGGAAUCAUUUACAGCUGGAUACGGUAAAUGAGUAUAAAACAUUCCUUUGUUGUUCAAUGACCUCCCUUGUUCAUUGAGUUUUGGUUUGUGGUUAUCAUUAAUCAGUGGUUUAUGUUUGUGACUUAUGCAUAAUAACCAUGAAUACAAUAUUCAGAAUGAAUUCAAUCUACAGGAAGCUAUAUGCUCUGUCUUUCAGUGUUAUGUCUUCACCGUUAAUUAUUGAUUUUUGAUUUUAUUUCAGCUUAAUUUGCAUGAAAACACAGAGGUGGACACGGUGCUGAUGACGGAUACAUUGUAGCCAAAUUAAGUUCUUUUAAUCUUCACUAUGUGACAGAAAGUAUCUUUUGAAUGCCUUUGUCAUUCACAAGCUAUUCACGAGGAUAAUACUGCACAUCUUUUUGAUAAACUUCAGGCCAAUGACUUAAAUAUUAAUCACAAAGCAGGGCUUUUGAAUAGGCUCCCUAUUUUCUUAUGACAAUGACUGAAUAGUUUACAUAUCUCUACAAGACUCAUGUUAUGUACUGCAGACCACUUGGCAAAUGUGGCCACAAAGAUUCGGACAGGAGGCAGACACAUCCCUGCAGUAAUUUCUUCAGUGGUCAAUAAGGCACUUCUUUAGAGGAAUUGUUCUUAAAAAUGUACCAGACUAAAAUUCUGAGAACCAAAGAAUGUGUGACGGUUAGUUGAGGGAUCAUGUGUGAUAACCACUUUCAGAGAAGGAAAGAUGCCCUCAUUGGUCAUUCUGUAUGGCAAGUUUGAUGGAUUAAUGAGUGAAUGUGGCGCAUGUAUGUGUUGGAAUCAUGGGUUGUUGGACGAGCUGCACAGAAAUGCAAAGCUGAAUGAAGAUAGUGUCUAUUCAGAUGAUACGCCACUUAAUUGAUUCCUGCGUGGUAAUGACCAGAAAGGUAAAACCUUGAAGCCAAUAGAGAAAAGGUUAAGACUACAUGUGAUGUGUGGUUUAAGAAGAGCAAUGUGGAGAGCAUUGAAAACCAAGUGUGUUGGUCACAUUUCUAAUUUAGAAGUCACAUUCUGUAUGUUGUUAAUCCUCAUAUAAGAAACUAGUUGUGAAGAAAAAUAUAUAUAUUUGGACUGCGGUAGUCCUUGACAAAGUAAAUCAUACCUUAAUUCCAGCUGUUGUUGAAGCAGUGAGGUGGCCUUUGCUGUUUGCAUUGCCACUUUGUAAACACAGGGAUUCCAGAUGUUGCAUAAAGUCAUAAAAUGAGCUUCCUACUGUGGGUAUUCUGUUCAACGUGCGCCAUUUUCAGUCUCUCAUGUCCUUUCAUUAUUAGAAUCUAUGCUCUAGGUGUUAACUGAAUUGAAAAUGGAAGUCCAAGACAAAAUAUACUUGAAAAGUUUGGCAAGUUAAAGAAUAUAACUAUAUAUUAUAAAUCAACAUGUGUGUUGACUUUACCAUGAGUAUUUAUAUUUUUACCAUAAUUGAACUUUUCCCUCAUUGUUGCUGAUGGGAAUCGGGCUUCCAGAAUUGGAGGACUUAUCGCAGCUGCAUCAUUCCCUUGAUCAGUUUUGACCUUUUGCAAACCAACAUUUCAAGAAAUGGUUUAAAUGGGAACCCCCGCCAAAUUGACACAAUAAACAAGUCUUUAUUCCUAAAAGCCUGGUGCUUUCUCGAUUAAGAACAAGUUGUGCACAUGCCUUUUUAAAGUUUUGUGUGUUUUGUUUAUAUAUUUACACAGCCUUUCGCUCUUGCUAAAUUACCAUUCCCAGCACUCUGUCAACAGCUGAGGGGUUGUACAGUGGACGCAAUGCCCCUGAGCAAAGUGCAAAGUCUACACCCUCGCUCGACCAAUAUUGUAGGAUCCACUGAUCAUUACGCUCACAACAUUUUAUCUGCACCACAUCACCAGCUCUCAGGCGACUUCAAAAGAGCUGGAGAAGACAGAGAGAGAGAGAGAGUUUAAACGGUUAGGACCAGAGCAUGUUUGGGACUGUGCUCCUGCUUCUGGUCACUCUGUGUGCCCAGGAGGGAAAUGGCGAGGAAAGAGCUGAGGCCCUGAGAACUGGCCAUGUUUCAGUGGUAGUAGUGGGAGGCACAGGUGAUCUGGCAAAGAAGUACCUGUGGCAGGGCUUCUUCGAGCUGUACGUUAACCAGGCCAGAAGUGGAAAGACCUUUUCCUUCUAUGGCGGAGGACUGUCGCCUGCAGAUGCGGCCACAUCGGUCCUCUUUGAGAUCCUAAAGGCGGUUUCCUGCUCAAAGGAUGUGUCGGAGGAGCGCUGUGCUGUGCUGAAAGAGCAGUUCCUGCGACUCGCACAGUAUCGGCAGCUGAAGACCCGAGAGGACUACCAGGAUCUGGCCCAGCACAUUGAGCGAGAGCUUCAACAAGAGGGAAUAACAGAGGCAGGCAGGCUAUUCUACCUCUCACUACCAGCCUUUGCAUAUGCAGAUGUUGCUGAUAAGAUAAAUAAUAGUUGUCGGCCGACCAGCAGGGCGUGGCUGAGAGUCGUGCUCGAGAAACCUUUCGGACAUGACUUAAGGAGUGCUCAGGUACUUGCAGCUCAGCUCGGUAGCUCCUUGAAGGAUGAAGAAAUGUACAGAAUUGACCACUACUUGGGGAAGCAGGUUGUUGCAAAGAUACUUCCAUUCAGAAAAGAGAACAAGAAGUUUCUGGAUCCCAUCUGGAACAAGCACCACAUCGAGAGGGUGGAGAUCAUAAUGAAAGAGAGCCUUGAUGUUAAAGGUCGCAUUCCCUUCUAUGACCAAUACGGGGUGAUUAGAGAUGUGCUCCAGAACCACCUGACGGAAGUCAUGACCCUGUUGACGAUGAGGCUUCCCACGAAUCUGAGCAACAAUGAGGAAGUCCUCCAAAACAAGCUGCACAUCUUCAGUUCCAUGCUGCCUUUGACAAAGAAUCAAGCUGUGGUCGGCCAGUACCAAGCAUACCAAACAACGGUCCAGCAGGAGAUGAACAAGACGAAAGAUCAUGUCAGUCUCACGCCAACAUUUGCAGCUGUAUUGGCACACCUCGAUGAUGCCCAGUAUGAAGGUGUGCCAAUUCUUUUGAUCUCAGGGAAGAUGUUAGAUGAACGGGUGGGAUAUGCACGCAUACUUUUCAAGAAUGACAUCUUUUGUCUUCAGAACCCCAAUGGCGUCCACUGCAAGCCCAAACAAAUAGUUUUCUACUUUGGGCAUGGCAGCCUUCAAUAUCCAGCAAUUCUUGUGAGUAAGAAUUUAUUCAAGCCAGUUUCGAUGGACGGUGAAUGGAAGGAAGUGACUGAGCAUACAGAUGUCAAUAUUCUAGGUUUACCUAUUUCAGACUAUUAUGUGCAAACUCCAACAGAGCAGAAGGAAGCCUAUUCAGAACUUAUUUCUCACAUUUUUGCUGGACGUAAAAAUAGUUUCAUUAGUGCUGAAAACCUGCUGGCUUCCUGGGGCUUAUGGACACCACUACUCAAUAGCCUAGCCGGCUCGUAUCCCCGCAUUUACCCCGGGGGAGCCGACAAUCGAGACCUGCUGGACAUCCGUGUGAACAGUAAAGACAUUGGCUACAACAGUGAGGUGGUGAUCAUCAGCUCUGAUCAGAUGGGUGGCACGUCAACAAACAGUUUCCAAGUCAUGCAAGGCUAUUUUCGUAGCGCUGGCAUGGUGUCGGCCUGGACUGAGGAGCUGGUGGAGAGGCUGGCUGUGGACAUUCAGGAAGCAGCGGAGGCAGCUGUGCGUGAGGGCGGUGUUUUCCAUCUUGCCUUCUCUGGUGGGUCCAGCCCCCUCGCUCUGUUCCACAGGUUGUCCCUGCACCACUUCUCCUUCCCCUGGAGCAACACCCACGUGUGGAUGGUGGACGAGCGAUGCGUGCCGCUGACUGAACUGGAGUCUAACUUCCACGGCCUGCAUGACCAUCUACUGCAACAUGUGAGGAUACCCUAUUACAACAUCCACCCCAUGCCAGUGCAGCUCAACCAGCGCCUGUGCGUGGAGGAGGAUGGAGGAGCGCUGCUGUAUGAGAAAGAGAUCAGCAAGUUGGUUAAUGGCUCCAGCUUCCACUUUGUACUGCUGGGAGUUGGAUAUGACAGCCACACAGCCUCUCUGUUCCCCGGGAGUAAAGUGGAUGGACUUGGGGAGAGUCUGGUUGCCCUCACUGAGAGCCCCGUCAAACCUCACCAACGCAUGAGCCUCACUUUCAGUGCCAUUAAUCGAGCUCGUAAGGUGGCUCUUUUGGUGAUGGGCAAAGGCAAGCAUGAACUGAUCACCCAGCUGAGCCGCGUGAAGGACAACCCAGACAAGUGGCCGGUCACUGGGGUGAAGCCUGCUGACGGCACACUAGUUUGGUACAUAGACUAUGAUGCACUUUUAGGUUAGGAAUUACAUUUCAAUUAGACCAUUUUUUUAUGAGCCAGCAGGAUCGGCGGAUUUACCUGUUUUAGCUUAUUAACCAUAAUUCCCUUCAAGCCUCGCUCCAAAGCUUCCCCUCUCCACCACAAAAAUCCUAAUGGAUGUUGAGUAUUUGCAAUCUGUAGUUGCAACUCUCUCUUUUACUGGAGGUUCAUUCAAAUCUUCUUCUGUGUGGGCGUGUGUGAAAUGUAUAUGCAGACUUUUUUGUUAUAGUUUAUCUAUGCCUAAUUAUGGAUGAGAUGAGUUAUAGUCUAGACCAUUACAUAAUUAGCAUCAUUCACAGAGUACAGGGUAUAAAGCACUGCAUACCUGGUGUUGUGAACAUCUGGUGCCAAAAAAACAUUCUGACAAACCACAAUUUAUUGCUUAUAAUCCAGGGUGUUUGUAUGAUCUCAGGUGAUUUUGUGAAUUCACAGAUAUGCUGUUUAUACUUUGUAUUCCACAGUUCUCGAUUGUAUGUUUUCUAUUGUUGCGUGGUAGUGAGAAUCACAAUAUGAUAUUGAUACAUUAAUAUACAUUAUAGAAAUGCUUCUGGUAAUUCAAAAUACUGGGUGCUACAUUACUAAAACAGCACAUUCCUGACCGAUUCAGGAAUGUGCUGUAAAACAAUGUGGAAAAGAAAAUACAUGUACUCUUCUUCUUUAGACUAAAAAGUGCUACUUUCAACAGUUGUGGCACUGUGCCUCUGUUUGAUCCAUCGUGAUGAGCAUUAUUUUAGCUGAUGAACAAUUUGAAAGUUGUCUGAUUUUAAAGUCAUUACAUCUACUAAAUAUUUUCACCAUGCAAGAUGAUUAUCACAUGUUCUAAUUUUGAUUUUCAUUCCAUUACUAUUAUUUUACAUUCUGUGAAAGUUACAAACUGAUUACAAUUGAACGCAUUUCCUUUUGAAUUGUCUUGCUAUCAUCUGUUUAAUGUGGCUUUACUUUUCCAGUGAGAUAAACCCCUCAUUCAGUUCUGCAAUAAUUAUUACACACUGAAUCUACAGCGAAAAGUACAUAAGCAUUCUCUCACUAUGACCAUUGAUUGAUCCCUAGUUAUAGUACAUGAAACCAAUAAAAAGCAAAACAACUUUCAACAAUCGAGAGAAA